AUGUCCCAUUUUAUCCAAGGCAAAACAGCCAUUGUUACUGGCGCUGGCAGUGGCAUCAACCUUGCAUUUGCUGAACAGCUUUUGAAUGGCGGAUGCAACGUCCUUUUCGCCGAUCUCGCUCUGCGACCAGAAGCCCAGAAGCUGGUGGACGCCUAUUCCGCCAGUGCCGAAAGCAAGAGUCGAGCUGUUUUCCAGCAGACUGAUGUGACCAACUGGUCUCAUCUCGAGCGAAUGUUCGAAAGGGCAGAGGAGGAAUUCGGAGACAUUGACAUCGUCUGCCCCGGUGCUGGAGUUUACGAACCGAGCUUUAGCAGCUUUUGGUAUCCUCCUGGAACCCCACAGAGCAAAGAUGCCCUCUACGGCGGUCGCUAUGCCAGUAUCGACAUCAACUUGGUUCAUCCUAUCAGGACCACUCAAUUGGCGCUGUCUCGUUUCUUGAGAUACGAAAAGAAACCUCGGACGAUUGUAAUAAUUUCGAGCACAAACGCUCAAGACACCUGUCUCUCUACAGCGAUUUAUGAUGCGACAAAGCAUGCGAUUAGUGGAUUCGUGCGGGCGAUGGCCAAGAUCGACCAAGUCGGCGUCCGUAUUGCUGCAGUCGCACCAGGCAUCAUCAAAACGCCUCUCUUCAUGGAGAACCCAGAAAAGCUUGCCAUGAUUGAUACCAGCAAGGACGUUCUGGUCGAGCCAUCCGAGGUCGCUAGUGUCAUGGUUGCGUUGAUUGAGAGGGACAGCAUCUGCUCGACCAUUGACCAAGCGAGGACUGGACCACAGGACAUCGAGAUCAAGAGCGGGUCUAUCAUUGAAGUGACAAAGAACAGAGCUCGUGUUGUCAAUGCAUAUCACGAUCCGGGUCCUUCGGGUGCUGGGGCAGUUGGGUCCAACUUUGCCACUUCGGAGUACACCACGUUGGCUUCACUGUUGACUCCAAGAUGGGGAGAACCUAGUGUAAAGGCGAACAGCAAUCUUUGA